AUCUGCACUUUGGGAAGAGCGUUCCUAAUUGAACGAACGAACAAACGCGCGGUUCACGCGCGCGUCUCUCAUUUACGUGCCAUUAGCCCAAUUAAGCCGUCGUACGAGACGGCCACACGCGAACCAGUGACUCGAGAAUCAAGACGGGAAGGACGAAGCAAAUAACAUUAAGCGUCUAGACGCGUCGCGAUCCUCCUGAAAAUUCAAACUCUUACGCUGUAACCCAAGAUAAAUUAAUCGAUCUCCACGGCAAUUAAUCUUAUCCGUCUAAUAUAAUCAAGGAUACGUUAAAGAGACAGAGCGCAAAAUUGGCACGGACGGCGAGGGUAACGAAAGGAGUUGAAGCCGCGAAGAUCUCGCCAAUCUUUUCCUUCGAACGGACAGAUCGGGGGCAUCUGUCAAUUUCACGCGGGCAGGCGAUUUUUAUUUCGCGCGCUCGGAAUCGCGUGUUAAUCGCGCGUUUGACGAGAUUGCUCUCGCGAUUAAAAAUCGCGGCCGCGCGCCACGGACGGACGCGCCUCGCGGCGCCUGUCCAUCGAUCCGUCCAUCUAUCCAACCAACCCAUCUAUCCAUCCAUCCGUCUACUUUGCCCAUCCAAGCCGAAUGCCAAAGACGAUGCGUCGUCAUCGGGGGGGCCGGCAGUCUCGCGCGGGCUGUCGUUCGCGACGCAUGCAGUUCCGCGUUCGUUCGUUCGCUCGCUCGCCGCACGAUCGCCGUUGCAAAACGAGCACCGCGUGAUGAUCCUCCGCGACUCUGCGAUGAUCAACAGCCUCCUCGCCGUGGUGUCGCGCGAGCAGUUCCGUGAGUACACGCGAAAUCGAUGGCCCGUGACGAUUGAACCCUCAGUCGAGAUAAUUCGAAACUGAAAUCGUUAUUCGUCUCUCGUGCGCGGCGUAUGAAUCUCAGAUUUAUCCUUCGCGUGACGUGCGAUCGAACUUUCUCAGUUGGCGAACGUGGAUCUCUGUUAUGAUUUAAUAAUAACGCAUUUUAUGGAACUGGAGCUCAAAGUUUCUUUGCCGGAUGCUCGUAUCGAUUUAUAUUCUUUAUAAAUAAUAAAAAGAUUUUUUAACCACUUGGAAUGUAAUGGGGAAUGAUAGCCGGUGUCCCUCUUUCGGUGAUCCGGGAAGAGAGAAGGAGAGACGAUAGGAGAAAAAAAAAAGAGAGAAGCAGGCUGCAAUUAUUGUAUGCUCGAUGCAGGGUUCUGAUCGAGGGCAGCCGGAAGGAGAGUGCAACCGGCGGAAAAAUGGAUUCUCACGACGGUAGCGCGAGGUUCCCCCGUCGCGAGCCGCGGCUAGAUUUACGUGGGACGCCACGAGCCAUAAUCACGGCAGGCUCGAAGCGGGAUGUCCGUGGGUUCGGACGGCCGGGCGCCGUUUAAACGGACCACGCAGAAUAUACAGCCGCUCGCGAAAAAGCCCAGCAGAAGCAGCCAGGCGAAGCCAGUCGAGCCUGCGGCACCAGCGUCCAGAGCAGCGCCGAGCGCGGGGCGGAAAAGGGACCCGGUCGUGUCGCUCUUCAGCGCGAGGAGACCGGCGAGGAGGGUCCUCGUCCAAGGAGGCAAGGCGACGAAGCCGGGGGAUCGGCAGCUAAAAGGACAGCCCAGCCAGCAGCAGCAACAAUCGGCGCAGCAGCAGCAGCAAUCGGCGUCGCUGCGCCAGGCGCCGAGUGCCUCCUCGCUGGAGGCAAAGAGCGACGUUCCGUCGACCGGGAACAACUGGGCCGGCUCCCUGGGCAACAAGGAGCCGGCCAGACCCAAGGCGACGACGGCGCCCAAGGGUCCCGCCAAGGUGUCCAGGAUGCAGGAGCUCGAGCGCGAGGUCGAGGCCCUGCGUAAGGAUCGCACGCGUCUCGAGGCGAAUCUACGCGACGCCGCUUCCGAUGCUCAGAAUCUCCGCGAGCUGCGUGCCGAAUUGGCCUCCCUCAAGGAGCAGCAUAGUCUGGAGCUAGAGCGUCUUACCGAGGAGAACGAGGCUCUUCGCGCUCGUCUCAGGGACGUGGCUCAUUCGCCGCUGUCGGAUUCGGAGAAGCAGCAGCUGCUGCUAGAUGCCUCAAGGCUCCACAACUCUGCGCCAGCAUCCAUCGCCAUUCCCCAGGACGAUGGUUUUGCGCACAAUACCAGCACGCCUCAGGAAGGAGCUCAGUGCACCACGCCAGACUGGGACAAGCAUUCAUCCAGCUCAAUGUCCGAGGUCUCGGUUGCGUGCCUGCAGGACAGGAUCUUGCAAAUGGAGGAAACACAUUACUCCACGAACGAGGAAUUACAGGCGACUAUUCAGGAAUUGAGCGACUUGCAGGCACAACUGACAGAGUUGCAAGCGGACAAUGAAAGGCUAACGGAGGAAAAGGGAGUUCUCUUGGAAUCGCUGUGCCGUCAGACGGAAAAACUAGAAGACUCUCGUUCCAAAGUCGACACUUUACAGGGGCUACUAUUGAGAGAGGAACAACCGCAGGAGGCAUCUAAGGGUUACAAUACGGAAAGGGAACAGAAACUUGUAGACCUCCUAAAAAGUGCACAAGAGGAACGAGAGACUUUACUUCAAAAGCAGGAGGAGUUGACCAAUGAACUAAAGAAUCUGAAGGCAACGGCUGACGCUAGUGCGGCGGAGGUUGAGCGUUUAACAAAAUGCGUCGAAUUGCUAGAGGCGUCGGUGGAUGCGGCAAACGUCGAACGGAAGCAGCUGGACAUAGAAUUGACAGAGGCUAGGCAGGAAGGCGCGAAUCGCAGUAUAGAGAUCAGUAGGUUGGCGACUCUGUUAGAGAACGCGCGGGCGAAGAUCGAGGAACUGGAGCAAUCGCGGCAGCUGGAGAACAAAAGUGAGGCGGACGAACUACUCGACGCAGCCAGAAGGGAGAAGGAUACGCUUGAGACGCAGGCGGCGGCGUUGCAGGAGCAGUUGGCGCGCUCACAUUGCGAUCACGAUCGAUUACGGGAUCAAUACUCGCAGCUUCAGGAAGAAUAUAAAGUGGCACGAAAUAAUGCAAAGUCCGCUAUAGACGACUUGGAGUAUAGAUUGAAUCAGUUGAAAAACGAGCGAUUAGCUGUGAGCACGGAAUUGCAACUCGUCCGGGAUUCCAUGGUGGAACUGCAGGCGCAGUGUCAACGGCACUUGGAGGACAAACGGGAUUUGAAGGCCGCGGUGAGCGAGGCGCAACGACGAGAACGCGAGGCGCAAACGCGCCAGUACGAGCUGGAGCGCGCAUUGGCCGACGAGCGUAAACUAAGACAGGAGGAGAGUACGGAGUGGGAACAAUUCCAAACGGAUUUGCUGAUGACCGUGCGAGUCGCCAACGAUUUCAAGACCGAAGCUCAGAGUGAGUUGGAACGCGUCGUCAUGGAAAACAAGGCGCAGAGAGAUAAGCUGAGAGCGCUGGAGGCACAACUCGAUAAACUUAACAAAGAUAGCACUGUAGUAAGUUGCAAGGCACUUGAUGUCACUAAUGGGAAUGAAGAGAAAAUGGAGAAGAGAGAAUGGGUUUUACUAAAGCGUGGUCGAAUGAUUUUAAAGAAGCGUUACGACGCGAGAAAGCACGCGUUACGAAAUACCUUGUUUAAAGCAACGAUGAGCGGCUGGGACUCGCAUAAAGCGAGGCUUAAGGAUGUCGAUACUGCGAAUCAAAACGAACUCGGUUUACCGAAUGAUAAUCAGACAACCGCAGCGGAUACACCGACACUCAAGAAAACUAUUAAAUUAGAGGAUAAAUUGAUUUCCGGCGAGGAGAUUGAAUUCUCUCCUGCCAAUCCCAUCGACAACCAGCAUACCGAAUGCGUCAUAGAUGGAGCGGUUGAGUGUUCAGCGAAUGAGAAUUCGAGCCAAUCGAGAGUCUCGAAGAACGAAUCGUCAAAGUUUUACUUGAACGACUCUGACUCGGACAAGAUUUCUUACAAUCCAUCUGAUAAACCUCCGACAAUCGGGGAAGAUUAUCCGAAACUGUAUAUUUCCGUUACAGAAAAGUCUGACAAGGAUGCAAUGGCCAAGAGUUCCUUACUUAAAAGUAUUCGUAGUAUUCAAAAUACCAACGGAGAUUCAUACGGCAUUAAUAUUUCAAAUAGUCGUUUUUUCGUGCCAAAAGAUUAUAUAUUUUCCGGCGUAGAAAGUGCGAUGAAUGAUCUCAAGUUCGAGGUCGAUCCGGAAAUGGGAAAGCUAUUGCAGAGGAGUUACAGCAGUCCGCAAGUUAAUACGUCCACCUUAGCCAACGUUGAAGCGAGUCCAUUGCUUUUAAAUACAGCAGAAGCUUCAACAGCACUCAACGAUUCAACGAGACCACGCGAUUCAGACCUCAGGAGUGCAAAAUCACUUUCAGAUUCGUCCGUAUGCCUAACAUCAAAGGAAAGCGAUAAGACUGAGCAGAAAGAGAAGCUGUUUUUGAAACGUGAAUCAAAAUCGAACUGCGAAAUAAUUGACAUCUUGAAUAAGACUUUGAAAUCAAAAACGAUUGCAGAAUCACAAACAAGAAAUCAUUCUGAAUCAUUACCUAAACAUAAACCUAACGAUUGUCGUCAUAGUACGCAUGAUAAUAAAGAAAAAUUUCAAGAAAUGAAACACGAAGAUCAAGAAAUGAAAGCGUCUUGUUUAAAAAACGAAAUAAGAGAACAAGAAAUAUCGGGCAAUCAGUUAUGGACAGCAAAACACGUGAUCAUCGAUGACGACAAAAUUACGACGAAAUCUUUAUGCUCCGAUUCUACAUCAGAGAAUAAAAUAAUUUUUGAUACGCUUGAAGAAUUGAAAAUACCCAAUUUGCCCGAUGAAAAUAUCGAAAUAAAGUCGCUAGAACCUACGAGGAAUGCUACAUGUGAGGAAAUAAAAAGUUAUCAUGAUAUACUCAGAGUGCCUCUAAUGAGGCAAAAAUCAUAUCCGCUAUUAACGCCUUCGGAAAUCGCAUAUAAAUCCAAAUAUUUUCCAUCGAUUCCAGUUAUUUCAUUAGACACGCCAAAAACGGUGUCAAGUGAUCAUUUAUUUCAAUUAAUCGAGUAUUCAGAUCAGGAGAAAGAAGCGGAAAUCUCGAAGCCGAUCUCAGAAUCUUCCGUUAACCAGGUAAAGCAAAUUGAAUCUUCGGUACGUAACGAACAAGGAUCAAAGUGCUCGAAUCCGAACGAGACGAAUCGAUUGAAUCGUAUAAGAUUUCUUCAAGAUAGUAUACAGGCGAACGAGUCUCAGAUCGAUAAACUCACGACUUCUUCUGAAAGUAAGUCUCGUGUGACGAACGAAGAAGCUAAGGUGUCGCAGAGUAAUACAGACUUGGAAUCGGAUCUACCCCCGCCGAUGGGACGGACAUCGUCCUUAAGAGAAAAGUUUGAGACGAUUGUAGAGGACGUGGAAUUGCGGACGCUGCCAGGACGGCGCAUACAAAGAAGUGAAUCUUGCGGUCCUAAUCAAAAAGUGAUACAACAACCGCCCACGAGACCGGCCAGCACGCCGACGGAGACUCAACAAUCGGUGCUAACGAGCGUGCAGCAGGAGAUAGCUGCUCGUAGAAAGGCGAAUAUUUCGCGUCAGGACUCGAGGCUUUCUGUAAAGUGUCUGAUCGAGAGCAUCGAAAAUGCUACGAAACAAGCUAAGGCCGGACCUGGAAGCCGUAGUAGUUCUACGUCAUCUUUAAAUUCGAUUGGGACGACAGACAUAAUGUCUUUGAAAACUCCCCUCCGGGACCAGCAAAUCAACAAUUUAAUUUGUACGGCGAAUUCGACAAAUAAUAAUAAAACACAAUCUACGAUCACAAAGAAACCGGUAUCAGAAACAAAAUCAACUCCUGUGGUUUUGAGUCCGGGUGAGCUGUUGGAUUCGGCCGCUUUGAAUGCCAAGGCGAUCGAUUUCGUACGUCGAAGUAGCGUCACCGAUCUGUCGGAUCGUAAGGAUCCCCUCUUCGGCUUAGUCAAGAACGGCGGGUCUAAACGUAAUGCCUUGCUCAAGUGGUGUCAGAAUAAAACGAUAGGCUACCGGAAUAUUGACAUCACUAACUUCAGCAGUUCCUGGAAUGACGGUCUAGCGUUUUGCGCGAUUAUGCACUCUUAUCUGCCGCGUAAGGUACCGUACGACACAUUGACGCCGGUCGAAAAGCGGAGGAAUUUCUCGAUCGCCUUCUCUGCUGCCGAAAGCGUCGGCAUACCAACUACUUUGAACAUCAGUGAAAUGUGUCAACUUGAGCGACCUGAUUGGCAACAAGUCAUGACGUACGUGAUUAGCAUUUACAAGCACUUCGAAACGUAACUGAUUACCGUUCCAUUACAUCGCUUGUCAGGUGACACGUGCUACCGUUGAAUGCGCUCGGCACUGCGAGACGAGCGAAAAAGAACAACAGCAUCUAGUCAACCAAAUUUUACGAUAAAAUGAAGAAAGCUAUGAAGCAAGAAAGAUUCUGAACGUUUAUCGAGAUCAGCUGGAUCAGCACUGCCUACUAAUUAUAUGCUUUUUUCCGUACGCGUUGUAUAUAGUUUCCGAUUGGAGAAAAUGUCGCAAGGAGUAUAUGCAAAGAGUUCGAUGGAAAACCAAACACCAAAUGGAAUUGCCGUUACUAUGAGACUGAAAACUUUAUAUAUACAUACAUUUGCAUAUAUAUGUACACAUACACGUGGCGUAUGUGCUUUGUAAGACACAAACGAAUUCGGGAAGAAUCUUUCGUCGAGUGAGAAAGAGGAGCCAAGUAAAAAAAAAGCUUCGUGAGUAGCCUUCUGCAAAAAACGAGUUUAACCGCGCAUGACCGCGCGCGGUGUUCCUCAAAGGCCUAGCAUUACGCGUUCACGCACGAAGAGUACACACGCAUUGCCUCUGCCUCGUAGUCUUUUGCACCGCGUUUUUGCAAAGAGUAAAUCGGAAGUCGAGUAUUUGCGUUCCUCUCGUACCGAAUAUUUUUGUACGUGUAUUAUUUUUCGAAAGACUUUUUGUAGAAUUUACAAAAAAGAAAAUACGAAUGUACAGAACAAAGCGCCUUAAUUUAAGAGAUCUAAUUUAUUGCAAUUAGUCGCGCAUUUAGUGCUCUUACCAAGCGGAGAGGUCCGUCCGCUCCCUUUGCCCCUAUGUCCCCGAGAGAAUCGUUUUGCGUUUCUACUCUCUUGUUAAGGAAACAAAAAGAAGAGCUCUAAAAAGAACCAUUAUAUCGUGCGAGGAUUAAGUUCUCUGUGAUAUAGCAAGAUAGCCCUGAGACAGAGAUACAGACGUUAUCGUUAUUGCUAUUACUAUUAUUACACUAUUAUCGCUAUUAAUAUCGUCCUCAUCGUCGUUGUUGUACCAUUGUAGACAAUACGGAUAUUGCUGUCUGAUGUAAAACAAUAAACUUGCCUAAUGAAUAUUUAA